CAAGGCUGACUGGGUCUCUUCAUCUCAAGCCAGUGAGAAAACUACGAGUGCGGGAUGUCGCUUGUCUAGACUGGCACAAUGGAUCCUCUGAUUGCUACUGUUUUUUGGGCAUGCUGGGUAGGGCGAGAGUUAAUACUGUACCAGUCCCCUCGCCCCUAAUAAGAGGGCGUGGGUACCCUACACCCGCGUUCGCGUUGUGACUUUCUCUCUUUUCGUAGCUGACCGUCGUUCUCUGUAUCAUUCCGUGGUCGAGUAGAAUUCCGAUACAUUCGACCUAGGAGAUCUAGACGUUCAGUUCCUACAGUUACGUCGCCCCCUAGUAUACCAAAAUGGCGAGCCUCCUAUCCAUCGCGGCGUUAGUCACUGCCGUUCAGGCUUUAGCUCUCGAUAAAAACCAUCCUGAGCCAACUCAGGCGUCCAAGCCGAAUCCAACCUUCCUGUUUCCCAAGAUCACAUUGCCCCCUAGUAUUCAAGAAUUGGCAAAGAGACAGAACGGACAAGGACAAACCGUCCUUAUAGGACCUGACAACACAUGCGGAUACUUUGAUGGGCGACCCGGCGCUGUAUAUAGCUGUAACGGCCCGGAUGUAACUUGCGCCCUAGUCACUACAUCUACGUAUGGCGCUGUCGCCUGUUGUGACGGUGAUGGUUGUGGUCUUCGAGUUGCAUGUAUCGAUUACAUGGAUUUCGUGUACUCGAGCGCGUGUGUCGGUGGGUGUAUUCAAGAUACCUACACGGUCAAGUGUACGAGAAGUACCGCGCCGUAUUGCGGCACCGUCACAUUCUCUAGCGGCAUCGUCGAUUAUUACUGUGACGCCCAGUCGGACUCGACGCCGCAGCAACUCUACACUACGUGGCACGGUGAAACAGAUGGCCGCACUUUCACUCCCGUAGUUAUCACAUUGGACGACUCGGCCGCAACAUCCCCGUUUCCAUCCGAGACUCAGACUGGCAGUGGCGAUGAUAAUGAUAAUGAUAGUCGAUCGUCAAGCGCAGGCUCUGCAGGUGCGACUUCGCCGGUGGAUAGUGAGGACGGGGGUUCUUCGAAUUCGAACUCGAACGCAAGCUCCUCGAAGUCUUCGACGAAUGUAGGAGCUAUUGCCGGUGGCGUCGUAGGAGGAGUUGCCGCACUCGCUUUGAUCGGGCUCGGAAUCUUCUUCCUCAUCCGUCACAAUAAUAAGAAGAAGCGUAAUAUUACUGCCCAGCCGCCAGCCGCCCAAAUGCAACAAGGAGCUGGACCCGGUAUGCCGCCAACGCAACCGGUAGCAGGCGCUGCUGGCUACCAACAGCCUUACAACCCGCACUACAGCCAGCAGUACGCACCUCCGCCUCCCGGACACCCUCAACAGCCAUACUACGCCGACCAGAACAAGCCCGCCCAGUUUCCUGAUCGGAACGACUCGACCAGCCCCGUCAACUCCCAGUUCACAGACAACAGACAAAGCCUACAACCAACAAGCCCGACUUCGACCGUCAACUCCGGCUGGCAGCCGAACCAGCCCUACCCGGGCCAGCAACCCUCUCCCGUCCCCAACGUCCCGCCUACCGUGCACGAGGCCGGCGGAAAUGUCGUCGGCGAACGGAAUUACAACGAUAAUCAUCAUGGUCAACUGCAUGAGUUAGGGAACUAGGGAGCUCGUGGUGUGGGGGGGAUAGUGAAUAUGAUAUAAGAAAGACGUAUGAAUUAGGUUAAUUUAGGUACCUAUCUAUAUAUUAUAUAUUUCCUCUAGUUCAUAGGUAGUUCAUAAUGGGAUAGCACGGCAUUUGCAUUGCGGAGUUUUUAAGCUUUGUGCAUGGUCGGAUAUAUAUACUGAGAUAUGAGGUAUAAACCCAAAUGCGGAAACGUGGUCUGUGAAAUGAGAUGCUUGAUAAUGGGUUUGGAUAUUUAGUAGUUUUUAGCGACUAGAGAGUAUAGAAAUAUAUAGCAU